UUUUAUCCUAUAGAAAAGGACAUCCUUUUUCAACACUUCCAAUCCCUAAAAAUUUCCUUCGACUGUAGAGCUCUCUCUCUAUCUCCCAUCGACUGUUUUUCAGGGCUUGAUGGCUGAUCAUAAUGCGGUGGUUGCUCGGCCCAUUUGGAUGAGACAGGCUGAGGAAGCGAAGCUUAAAAGUGAAGCUGAAAAAACGGCAGCUGCAAAGGCAGCGUUUGAGGCCACAUUCAAGGAUGUGGACAAAAUUAAAGCCAAGGCUUCUGAUUUGUCGUCUGAUAGUGAAGAUGACGGGGAAUAUCUUGUGAACAAGCCAAUUGGGCCUAUUGACCCUGCUAAGUGCACUGCCGCUGGGCCUGGAGUUUCUGGUGGAUCGGCUUGCGCUCCGUGUACUUUUGUGUUGUCGGCCAAGGAUUCAGAUGGCAGAAAAAUCCCUAAUGGUGGUGCUCAAGUUAAGGUUAAGGUUACCCCAGGAGUUGGGGUAGGAGGUUCGGACAUAGAUGGGAUGGUGAAGGACCAGGGUGAUGGAACUUAUACGGUUACCUAUGUUGUCCCUAAAAGAGGAAAUUAUAUGAUCCAUGUGGAAUGCAAUGGGAAGGCUAUUAUGGGAAGUCCAUUUCCUGUGUUUUUCAGUGCUGGAAGUUCGAAUGGAGGAACGUUGGGUGUGGCUUCAACAAUGACAUAUCCGAACCUUAUUAAUGCAAAUAUGCCAAACAUGCCAAACUAUGCAGGUUCUGUUUCUGGGGCAUUUCCUGGUCUUGUUGGAAUGAUUCCUGGACUUACCCCUGGCCCUUCUGGAGGGGUGAUGUUGCCUGGUGUAGGAGCUUCCUUGGGGGAAGUAUGUCAGGAAUUCCUUAAUGGACGGUGCUUUAAAACAGAUUGUAAAUUCAACCAUCCAAUGCAUAACUUACUCAUGAGUGCAGUAGCUGCAACAUCAAACAUGGGAACCAUGAGCCAAGUGCCAAUGGCACCUUCUGCUGCUGCAAUGGCUGCUGCUCAGGCCAUCAUGGCAGCUCAAGCUCUUCAAGCUCACACUGCUCAGCUGCAGGCUCAAUCUACAUCAUCCAAAAGCUCUUCUGAUGCAGCUGAGAUCGAAAAAAGAGCUAAUGCGCUGAAGAAAACAGUCCAAGUUAGCAACCUUAAUCCCCUUCUCACUGCAGAGCACCUAAAACAAGUUUUUGGGGUCUGUGGUACUGUGGUGGAAUGCACCAUUUCUGAUUCAAAACAUUUAGCUUUUAUAGAGUACGGAAAACCUGAAGAAGCAACAGCAGCUCUUGCACUUAAUAACAUGGAUGUUUGUGGUCAGCCCUUGAACGUUGAGAUGGCUAAAUCACUUCCUGAGAAGCCUGCUAAUUUGGCAUCAUCCUUACCUAUCAUGAUGCAACAAGCAGUAGCCAUGCAACAGAUGCAAUUUCAGCAGGCAUUGAUGAUGCAGCAGACAAUGGCAGCACAUCAAGCUGCUAGUCGUGCUGCUACGAUGAAGUCUGCUACAGAGUUAGCAUCAGCUAGAGCUGCUGAAAUAUCUAAGAAAAUGAAGGCUGACGGAUUUGUAAUUGAUGAAAAGGAACCAGAGAAAAAUUCUAGAUCCCAUUCACCUUCUAAUGCUAGAUCAAGGUCCAAGUCAAAAUCACCAAUAACUUAUGGUAAGAGAGGUCGAUCUCGCUCUUUCUCACCGUCUCGUCAGUAUCGAGACCGGAGAUCAAGGUCCCCAAGAAGACCGCGUCACAGGUCUCGUUCAUUUUCACCCCGUAUCAGGCGUUCUCGAGAUCAUAGAUCCAGGUCUCCAGUAAGAUAUCGACACUAUUCAGGGUAUGAUUAUGAUAGACAGUCAUACAGAUAUGGUAGUGAUAGAUAUGCUAGGAGAGAUUCAAAAGGUUCACGCGAUUAUCGAAUGUCUGAUUCUAGAAGGAUUAAGAGUAGGAGUCCUAGUCCACGGGGGAGGAAAUCAUAUCGAGAUCGAUCAGAUUCACCAAAACCUCGUCGUCGUAGAAGUUCUGCUCACCGCUCAAAAUCUCCAGGAUAUCAUCAAGGAGGUAGGUCUUCCCCUAUAAAGGAUGAUGACAGAAAGGCUAAGCAACGUCAUCGAUCUAGGUCUAAGUCUAUUGAGAGCAGGCACAAGUCAAGUAAAAGAAUUGAUGAAAGUAAAGAGAAUACAAAGCACCGUGGUAGAAGGCGGUCUAGGUCUGGAUCAUAUGAAAAUAAGCAACCAAAGAAUGACAAGUUGUCCCCCCAAAGUUCAGAUAAAAAAUCGCCUAUUCAUAGAAAGCGCUCAAGGUCAAAAUCAUUGGAAACUAAGCAACGUUCGAAGGUCAAAGAAGGUGAGCCAGGUGAUGAAAGAGAAAAAUCAAAAUGUAGGGAAAGAGGUAGAUCUGGAUCUAUGGACAGUGAAGUUCAUAAAAGGAUGUCUUUACAAUCAAUGGAUGAAAUUAAAUCUACAGGUAAAAGGAGUUCAAGGUCAAAAUCUGUCGAAGAUGAUAUUGAGAUUGAUGGAAUCAAAAACGGAAGUAGAAAAGAAAAGCGGAAACGCCGUGACAGGAGGCGCUCCAGAUCAUUAUCUACAGAACGUGAAUCUCACUCAGGAGCCAAGUCCUCGCUGCAUAGAGAGGAUGAUAUAAUGAAUGAACAUAGAAGAAGGUCAAGAUCAACCUCUCAAGAAGGCAAAGAGAGAAGAAAAGACAGGGGAAGGGCUGAUGAUAAAAUGGCCCGCAAUAGCAGGAGUGUAAAAGAUGAUGCUGAGAUGAGUUUGAGGAAUUCAACAGAUCCGAUCGAUGAUACAUCUUUCACCACCGACUCUGUAAAGAACCCUUCUACCAUUGAGAGAAGUGACACUGGUACUGAAAAUUCCAAGAACAGAUCUAGUUGUGGUACAGAAUCCUUGAAUGAAGACUACGAGAUUGGAGUGGGGCCAGAAUGCUUGGUUGAGCAAGAAGGAGAGGUUAUUAAAGAUUCUAGCAGACAUUCUACUCAUCCAGAUUCUGUGAUUCGAACUGCCCAUGGACAAGAUGGCUUUUAUGUUGAAGACCAUGAUCAGCAUUUAAAGUUGGAAAAUGGGUUCUGAAUCUCAAGGAUUAAAUCUUGCUUUAUAAUUCUUUACAUGAUAGUGACAAUUUCUUUAACUUUGACAAAAGCUCGUCACAAAUCAUUUUGUCUAAGCUCUGAAGUUGCAAACGAGCGAUGGCUUUUCUCUUUGCAGUUGCUUAAAUUUUGUUUCGAUGCUCAGAGGUUUCUGCCGAUAUUUGUUCUUCACACAAAUUGGCCUUGCUGGCUUUAUUUUUGCAGGUAUGAAGGAGAUGAGGUUUCUUGGUAGCCGACUUAUGAAGCUUUUAAUCCUCCUUAAUGCAAAUGUCAACGUCCAGUGUUAGUAGCAUGGUUCUUUGAUUUGAAGUGUGCAGGUUCCACACGGAGGCUUCUGUUGGAGCUUUUCCUCAUGGAAUUGGAAGGACUUGUCUAUGGUUUUGUAUUGAGAAAUUUUCUCCAUUAUCUAAGCGAUUAAAGCUGAGCAGAAGUUGAUUUGCUGAGUCAAAGCUUGAAAAGGAAUUUGUUGAGCAAAGCGAUGCAGCUUGACUAGUAGUACUGUGUGUUUCACUGAUUAUAGUAUAUAUCAGGUAAUCAUCUGUGUAGCAUCCGAACUGGCAAACUUUAUCGGUGAUUUUGCCACAUUUCUGAGUGAAUUUGUAACAAAUAGUCUGUCUAUUAUGUUUGUGAUUGCUGUUCUUGGGAAAAAGUAUGGGCCACCGGCUGUUAUUUCUUUGCAAAUUGACCAUUAUGUCAAAACUAUCUCUUCUAUGAAAAACACUUACCUUCUAUA